CAGUUUACAUCUUAAGUGUUGCUUGAUCGUUCACUACGGUUCAUUCGCUCGUGCGAGUAGUGAAAUGUGUGACAGCAUCCUCAUCGAAUAUGUGCACCGUUAAUUUUUAGUUUUACAUAUCGCACUCACCACCAUUGUGCGCGGGUGUUUUCAAUAGCCUUAUAGCUAUCAAUUUAUUUUACAAUCUUUCUUGAAAGAUUGUCCCACCAUAAGUGACGUAAGAUGGCAUCGCUGAAACUAUUAGUGGGGGGUGCAAGCGCCAUCGGUGCUAGUGCUCUUACUUCUUACCUAUUGAUGUCCGAUAAUACCGUACAUGCGGAUGUGCCACAAACAAGACCAGCGAAGAGACCUUUACCAACAAGAGAGGAACAAUUGAAGACAUUGAAGAAUCAUGAAGAAUACGAUAUUCUUAUCGUUGGUGGUGGUGCGACGGGGGCCGGAUGUGCAUUGGAUGCUUGCACACGAGGUUUGAAAACAGCUUUAAUUGAAGGGGAUGAUUUUGCUUCUGGUACAUCUUCUAGAAGUACAAAGCUUAUUCAUGGUGGUGUGCGUUACCUACAAAAAGCUAUAAUGCAAUUCGAUGUAGAACAAUAUAAAAUGGUCAAAGAAGCAUUACAUGAACGGGCAUCCAUGUUACACAGUGCUCCUCAUUUAGCUCAUCCUCUACCUAUUAUGUUGCCUGUUUACACGUGGUGGCAGAUUCCCUACUACUGGUUUGGUAUAAAAAUGUAUGAUCUCGUUGCUGGAAGCAAGACGGUGAAAUCGUCUUAUUUCCUCAGUAAAAGUAAUGCGUUAGAAUUAUUUCCCAUGUUGAAAGGAGACAAAUUAACAGGAGCUAUUGUUUAUUAUGAUGGUCAACAGGAUGAUGCCAGAAUGAAUUUGGCAGUUGCUCUGACUGCCUCACGGCAUGGUGCCACGGUUGUAAAUCACGUUAAAGUUGUCAAUCUCUUGAAAGGCCUUGAUAAGGAUGGUAAUCGAGUACUUACUGGUGCUCGUGUAAAAGACGAACUUACGGGUGAACAAUGGGAUGUGAAAGCAAAGGCGAUAAUAAAUGCAACAGGCCCAUUCACUGAUCAUAUUAGAAAAAUGGAUGAUCAAAACGUUAAAGAGAUCUGCUGCCCCUCUUCCGGUGUUCAUAUCGUUCUUCCAGGUUACUACAGCCCUGACCAGAUGGGUUUAUUGGAUCCAGCAACAAGCGAUGGUCGAGUGAUAUUUUUCUUACCUUGGCAGAAACAAACGAUCGCAGGAACGACAGACUUACCUUGCGAAGUAACGCAUAAUCCUCGACCUACUGAGGAUGAAAUUAUGUUUAUUUUACGCGAAGUGAAAAACUAUCUCAACCCAGACGUUGAAGUUCGUCGUGGAGAUGUACUAUCCGCUUGGAGCGGAAUUAGACCUCUUGUUUCUGAUCCUAACAAACCAAACACCCAAUCUCUUGCCAGAAAUCAUAUUGUGCAUGUUAGUCCCACAAAACUCAUCACAAUAGCUGGAGGAAAAUGGACAACGUACAGGGCAAUGGCUGAAGAAACUAUCGACGCAGCUAUUAAAGCUUGCGACUUAAAGCCUGAAAGACCCUGUCAAACAAAUGGCUUUCUCCUUGAGGGAGCUCAUGGUUGGAGUCCAACGAUGUACAUCAGAUUAGUACAAGAUUUUGGCUUAGAAUGUGAAGUUGCACAACAUUUGGCUAAAAGUUAUGGAGAUCGUGCAUUUGCUGUAGCAAAGAUGGCUUCUCUUACUGGUAAAAGAUGGCCAAUAAUAGGCAAAAAACUUCAUCCUGAAUUCCCAUAUAUCGACGCCGAGAUUCGAUAUGGAGUUCGUGAAUACGCGAGAACGGCAAUCGAUAUGAUUGCAAGACGAUUAAGAUUAGCUUUUCUGAACGUUCAAGCGGCACAAGAAGCUCUUCCAGGCAUUAUUGAUAUUAUGGCAGAAGAAUUACAUUGGUCACCAGAAGAAAAGAAAAGACAACACAAAGAAGCCAGUGAUUUUCUCGCUAAUGAAAUGGGACAAAUGGUUAAUCGUGCGUCACGUGACAAAAUACCUAUCAAUCUCACAAAGGAUGAAAUUCAAUUAUAUAUUAAACGUUUUGGAAUCAUCGAUAAAGACAACAAAGGCUACGUUUCCAUUAAUGAUAUUAGGCGAGGACUUAAGUUGUUCGGUGACAAGGAAGUACCUGGUGAAGAGCUUCAUGAAAUACUGCGCGAAAUCGACACUAAUAUGAAUGGUCAGGUCGAGUUGGACGAGUACCUUCAGAUGAUGUCGGCCAUCAAAUCUGGACAUGUGGCGUAUUCGCGUUUUGCAAGGAUGGCAGAAAUGGAAGAAGCUCAACAUGAAAAAGAAAUAUUGAAAAAACAGAUCAGCGUAGAGAGAUCAGGUGGUGGAUUGUAAAAGAGAUUUACGUUUUGCGGCACUGUACAAUUCGCACGCUUUUAAUAUGCGAUUCACAUAUUCGGAACGCAGCUCUGCGACGAAUUCUUUAUUACAGAACCAUUGUUCACUUUGAAUUUCAAUUGUAGCCCACUCUAGUACAAAUAUUCUAGGAUUACUAUUUUGCAAAUCUACUUAACUCUUCUCAUACUUUCUAUUUCGUUGUAUGUAGCUUUCAAGCUUUCAACAAAUGAAAUGAGGAAGAGAAAGAGAAAGAUUUUGACCUCGCAAAUGUAAAUCAGUUGCAGCUGUAUGAAAUCUUAUUCUAAUGAUCAAUGUCAAA